AUGUUACCGUUUGGAGUCCGCAGGGUCGUAUUCAUCAGAUUGAGUAUGCAAUGGAGGCGAGCGUUGGUUGUCGCGCCUAAAGGAGCACUGUUCGAGGUAUCUUCAUAUCAGGAAAAAACAGUAACGAUAGAUGACUAUGUUGGAGUUGCUAUAUCGGGACUGACUGCUCAUGGACGUAUGUUGAGUCGAACGAUGCCCGGGAAUUCGCUGAAAACCGCUGGGCGUACGACGAGCCGCUUCCAACUUCCAGACUCCUGUCAGCGAUAUCCCUUAUAA